GUGUGUGUGUAUGUGUGCGCGCGUGGUGAGAGAGAGAAUGAGACAGAGGGGAGGGAAAAAGGGAGGAGGGAACCCAGUCACAGAGAAAGAGAAACAUCACUCCAUCUCUCUCACUCCACAGGAGCUGAACCAAGAGCAGGAAGAUGUUUGAUAACACACAGUACCCCUAUAACUGUUUUAAUUAUGAUGGGGAUGACUAUCCAACCUGUAGUUCUGAUGAAGAGAAAAAAUUCACCAGACCAGCAUACAGCUACAUUGCCUUAAUUGCAAUGGCCAUCCAGCAAAGUCCUUCAAACAAAGUGACCUUGUCUGGCAUCUAUGAUUUUAUAAUGAAGAAAUUUCCUUACUACAGAUCAAAUCAAAGAGCCUGGCAGAACUCCAUCCGACAUAACUUAUCACUUAACAGUUGUUUUGUAAAGGUUCCCAGAACAGAAGGGAAUGAGAAGGGGAAAGGAAACUAUUGGAGCUUUGCAUCUGGAUGUGAAUCAAUGCUGGAUCUUUUUGAAAAUGGGAAUUACAGGCGGAGACGGAGAAGAAGGAACAUGAAAAGGGAACACAAAGAGCAGAGACCAAGUGGAGGGAAAGAUCCUUCCUCCCCUGAAUCGUCUUCCAUGGAUUCUGGUUUAUACAGCAUCUCCUGUCAUGAAAGUAAAUGCGAGCCAGCCGAAUCUGGACCCAAACUCUUGGAGCCUCCUGGGUUCUUUCCAAACAACACCUCCAACAGACAGAGCCUAAACAACGCCUCCCUAGGAAAAUCUGACUCUGAAAUUAAAUUUAGCAUUGAUUACAUUCUUUCAGCCCCAGACCCUUUGCCUGUUCUGAGAUCUCAGUAUCAUAUGCAAGAUAAUAAAUACCAAUUACUGGAGUCUCAAAAAAUUAAUCUCCCAUUCUGGACAAUGUGAUAUUAUUCGUACCUGGUAACAAAUUCUGUGAUACAGUCUAUACAACAGCCUGGUAUCACUGAGUAUCAUCAGUUGGCCAUCUUUUUCCACAGUAGUACUCAGAAAGAGUGAAGAGUAACUUGAUCAGCCAGCUGAGAUGCUAUUUAUACCACAAGAACUUAGUUUUCUGAGGUUAGAAUCUAAUAUCUAACUAACAACACAGUUGAUGACCUUGAUAUCUUAUGAAACUGCAGUUUUAUUUUCUAAAAUAUCACUGACACCAGCUUGCUUUGCAUGGAUGUUCCUUUCUUCCUUAAAUCAAUCUACUUUCAGUUUGCUUCUGUCACAUCGUACUUUGUAAAAGACCAGGGAGAUGUGACUUCACUUACACUGGUGUAAAUUAGGAUUAACUCCACUAUAUAGGCCAGAUCUUCUGCUGUUGUAAAUCCAGUGUGGUUCCAUUGAUUUAUAUCAACUGAGAAUCUAGUGGGUUUUUUCUUAAAUUGGGUCAAGAAAACAAUUUAGCCCAUCCUAUUUAGCUACAUUUAGUAUUAUGGCUCGGACUAUUUGGGUAGUAUAUAGCAUAGGUCAGUCACCAUGCUAUUUGACAAAUAUGCUUAUUCAUUGCACGAUUAUGGAAUUUUUGUUGCAAAUCGGGGUAUAAGUGCAUAGCCAGAGGAAGUGAAAUAGUAUUCCAAUUAAUUCCAUGAAAGUUAUUGCAGGGCUGCUGAAUUCUGGUAAACUCUGAUGGCUGAUAUUACAGACACUGACAGACUCACAAUAUCUAUGGUUAAAACAAUUUUUCCUCAGAUGUAAGAAAGCCCUUGCACAUAUUUUACUUAGUAAGCAUAAAUGAAGGAUCGGCCCUGCAAGAAACUGUAUCCACUGACAAAAUGUGGGAAAAAGUAAGGUCCCCCUACCUGCUUUGAGACAAGCUGUACAUUCCUAUUAAGUGGAUUUUUAUUGAUUCUUCCUGCAAGCAAUCACCAAAGUGGUACUUGAUACAAUUUCAGCAAAACUGGUGAGAUUUAUAAUGUAGAGACAUUGACAUUAGGAUCAUGAGCUCCAUUUAAAAGUAUUGUAGCUUGAUUACCCUAUACACUAUAGAUGGAUAUUUUUAACAAAAAAUUACAAUUAUGUACAAUGAUAAGAUAUGACCAAUUUUUUUUCAAGCACAUUUUGCACAAUUGUUUUCCAUUCCCUAACGAUGGAUUCCACAGAACGCUUAUUUGUGGCGUGGCUUGACUUAACCUUGCAAAUAAACAAACAAACAAAAAGCGCAGGAUACGAGUUGGUGUAAUAGGCAAUUAUAUAAAGAACAAAAUUCUGUUUUUGUAACAUAAAUUCAAGGUAAACAAAGGUAGCUGAGAUGAUAAGCUGAUAAGCAAAAUUGUGCAAAAGGUAUGCUCAGGCAUGACUUGAAUUUUUAUCCAGAAGCUUUGACAUUUCACUAAGUUAUUUUACAUUGUUGCUAAUAUAUACUGUACAUUUAUACUAUAUAUUCUUAUAUAUUGUUAUUGAGAAAGGGAGCAAUAUCGCUGCACUUAUAUGUUGUAAAAAUGCAUGAUGUAUGUCUUCUUGGUGUUAAAAAUAUUGCCAUCUACCUACAGUUUACCAGCAGCAGUAUUUAUUACAAAUUGGAAAUAAAUACUUAUUUGUUUUCAACAAUAUAAAACUUGAAAUCCUUAGGCAUUUUUAUAACUUAGCUAAAUACUUUUUUAAACAAGAAAGUGGCGAACCAUGUAGAAGUUGCAUCACAGCAUGCCUUCCAAAGUUUCAAAGGAUCCUUCUUUUUGGCCAAACUCUGCCUUCAGAUGGGAGCUUGUCAGUCUCAUUGAAUCAAUGAAUAUUCUGUGUAGUCAUCUGAAGACCGAUUCAUCUCUUCUUUACACUGAUGUAAAAACAGAAUAAAGCCAGUGGACAUGGAUUCACAUCACUGUAAAUGAGAAAAGAAUUUGCUCCUUACCAUAUUAUAUAGGUGUGCAAGGGCAUGUCAGUACUUAGUAUCUCUAUCUAUGUAUGCACUCAGUUGUGUGUGUGUGUGUGUGUGUAUGUGUGCCCCUCUAUGUUUAUACAUACAUUUAUGUAUUACCGCUUUAUAUGCAAAACUGUUUUUCUUACUAGUUUUAAACAGGGCGACAAUGCUGUUUAGUUUAUAGUUACAGUAAAUCUAUACAGUAUAUUUGAAAUAUAUUUUUCUGCUGCUAAAUGUACAAAUAUGCUUCUUACUAUGUAUUCUUUGUUGGUGACAUUUUGAACAAAAGAUAACUAAAUUGCAGCAAAGGUUGAUACUGAGCCCAAUCCUGGCUCUUAUUGAAUACAAUGGGAUAUUUGCCAUUGCUUUCAAUGGAGGCAGGACCGGACAUAUGGAGUAACAUUUGGAUAAAUGUGUUAGAAAAUGCAGAGGAGGGAAAUAUAAAUGUAAAGAUUUACAUCAGAGAGCUAAAGCCAUUCACAGUACGCUGAAUUUAUAUUCGCAAAUAGCCCUUUCCUUUGCACACAGUAAAAUGCCUGCUAAGAAAGACUGUUAUAUUUCCCUAACAUACAAUCAAAGAAAUUUGUGUACAAAUGUGUGUUAACAUUUGUUUUGCAAAGGAUAUCAAUCACAUUUCUAAAAAUGAAUGGACAUAUUUCAAUUUAACCAGAGUAUUAUAUUCUGAGUACUUCAGAAAGGUUUCCAGCACUUAAAGUGAAUGGCAUUUAAUAUAGAACAACAUAACAGGGGUGAGGGCUAGAUGUGACCUUAUUCAAAUGUCGUAGCCAUUACAAAGCCAUUCUCGAUGUAAUUAUAAUUAAAUACUUUAUGCCUUUCUUGC